AUCGCGCUGCUCUCCCUCCCAACCUCCUCUCCGGCAACCGGCGGCGCCCGUCCGCCCUCCGGCAAACCCCCGCCGCCGCCGCCGCCGCCUCAAGAGUCGAGUACUUGGCUCCACGCGGCCACUCCUGGUCGACAUUGCUUCAUCUGCUCCUCACACAGCCUCUCCUACAUUCCUCAGGCUCCACGCGACCCACCUGGAUGAGGGCCUCUUCCCGCGCCGCGCGCCGUGCGCCGUCCGGACUCCGGCCGUCCGCCGCCUGCUCCAGCUCGCGGUUCGCGCAGCACACCACAGGGAGUUUCUUAUCCUUUUUUUUUAUUGAGAGCGAGAGAGAGCGAAAGAGAGGACGAAGGUUGAUUUGGAGUUGGGGAAUUUUGUUAAUUUGGUGAUUUGUUCUAACCUAGGAGGAGCAUGGCCGCGUUUCGGAGAAGCUUAAGAAGCGAAGCCUAUUUUAUUCCACCCGAGUAAAAAUGUCCGGAAAUCGUGGUGAACAGGUGCCUCUCUUCUAGUUCUUCCUCCCAAGUCAACAUUUCACUGCUAAUGACUAAACUAGUGCAUUUUAUAUGUUGGAGAAUAUGUCUUCAUGUGUAGAGGAUUCGAAAUGAUACUCUGAAAUUUGACUCCUAGAUGGCGACAAUGGAGUCCGAACAAACUUAGGUUAAGCACGCAGGUUGAAUCAGGGUUGCAACUUGCAAGCUUUUGUUUAAUCAGUUUAUUAUUAGAUAAUGCAAGCAUGCCUUCCAGGUUAUCAUGUGAAAAAAAUUCGGAAUGAGAUCCUCUGAAUUUGACUCUUGGAUGGUGACUAUGAUGUCCAAGUAAAACUAAGCUCAGCACGCGGACUGGAUGUAAAAGCUAAGCUCAGCACGCGGACUGGAUUAGGUUGCAAACAUAUUUUCUUUGGUUUUAGAUAAUGCAUACCUUGCUGGUUUCAAGCAUUGGUAUUCCGUAGUAGGUACAAGAUGAGCCCGUCCAUGUCUCACUUGCACUAAAAGUUGGUGGGCUAGCCGGCCCGGGUUCGAGACUCAGUGACUCACUCAUGCUUAAUACCAUCGAUAUGAAAGUACCUCCUUUCGUAUCCAGCCUUUUCUUUUUUACUUGCAUGGUUGCAUUAGUCAACACUGCCACUUCUUUUAAAUCUUGCCGAUGGAACAUAGCAGAAAGCAUUUGUCUUCACAAAAAGGAACGUAUCACAAGCUAUAUCAUUCAGGAUUGAUCAAUAUUCGCCAGAACUUGAUUGCCAUGAAGAUUACUGCAGUUGGACAGUUGAUCUUGGUUCUGAUGGCUUGCAGCUCACAUGCAGUCAUCUGCUCAACUUUUGGAAAUGGAACAGAUCAGCUGUCACUUCUUGAAUUCAAGAAGGCAAUCAGUCUUGAUCCGCAGCAAUCCUUGAUCUCCUGGAAUGAUAGCACCAACUACUGCAGCUGGGAAGGUGUCUCAUGCAGUCUGAAGAAUCCAGGUCGUGUCACCUCCCUUAAUCUUACAAACCGAGCUCUAGUAGGGCACAUCUCUCCUUCACUUGGGAACCUAACAUUCCUGAAGUAUCUUGCACUGCUCAAAAAUGCACUCUCUGGAGAAAUCCCUCCUUCCCUUGGACAUUUGCGUCGCCUCCAGUAUCUUUACUUGAGUGGCAACACACUGCAAGGAAGCAUACCAAGCUUUGCAAACUGCUCAGAGCUCAAGGUUCUGUGGGUGCACAGGAACAACCUAACUGGGCAGUUUCCUGCAGAUUGGCCUCCUAAUCUUCAACAGCUGCAACUUUCAAUCAAUAAUCUGACAGGUACAAUCCCUGCUUCUCUUGCCAACAUCACCUCACUGAAUGUGCUUAGUUGCGUGUAUAAUCACAUAGAAGGGAACAUUCCGAAUGAGUUUGCGAAGUUACCCAACCUUCAGACUCUUUAUGUGGGUUCUAAUCAACUGUCAGGUAGCUUUCCACAAGUCCUCUUGAAUCUUUCUACUCUCAUUAACCUUAGCCUUGGCCUUAAUCAUCUAAGUGGAGAGGUUCCAUCCAAUCUCGGUAGCGCUCUGCCCAAUCUUGAGAUAUUUGAAUUGCCUGUCAACUUCUUUCAUGGGCGUAUUCCCAGUUCACUGACAAACGCUUCCAAUUUAUAUUUCCUUGAGUUAUCAAAUAACAAUUUCACCGGAUUGGUGCCUAGAACAAUUGGGGAACUUAACAAGCUCCAGAUGUUGAAUCUUGAAUGGAAUCAGCUCCAAGCACAUAGAGAACAAGAUUGGGAGUUUCUGCAAAGCUUGGGCAACUGCACUGAGCUACAAGUUUUCUCCAUGACUGGGAACCGUCUACAAGGGCAUGUGCCUAGUUCGUUGGGUAACCUUUCUGAUCAACUCCAGGAGCUACACUUGGCAGAAAGUAAACUUUCAGGUGAUUUUCCUUCAGGUAUAGCAAACCUUCAGAACCUGAUUAUUGUGGCGUUGGGUGCUAAUCUAUUUACAGGUGUGCUUCCAGAAUGGCUUGGAACCAUCAAAACUUUGCAAAAGGUAUCUUUGGGUAGCAAUUUCUUUACUGGAGCCAUCCCAUCAUCUUUCUCAAAUCUGUCUCAAUUGGGAGAACUAUAUUUAGACUCAAACCAGUUAGUUGGCCAAUUACCACCAAGCUUUGGAACCCUCCCAAUCCUUCAAGUAUUGAUUGUCUCGAACAAUAAUCUUCAUGGUAGCAUACCAAAGGAGAUCUUCAGAAUUCCAACCAUAGUGCAAAUUAGCUUAUCUUUCAACAAUCUAGAUGCACCCCUCCAUAAUGACAUUGGCAAGGCAAAACAACUCACAUAUCUUCAGCUUUCAUCAAAUAAUAUAUCUGGAUAUAUUCCUAGCACUUUGGGUGACUCUGAAAGUUUGGAAGACAUAGAGUUGGACCACAACGUUUUCAGUGGAAGCAUCCCUGCAUCUCUAGAAAACAUAAAGACUCUAAAAGUUCUCAACUUGUCUUACAACAACCUGUCUGGAUCAAUACCGGCAUCACUUGGUAACCUACAACUUGUUGAACAACUAGACCUAUCAUUCAACAAUCUUAAGGGAGAGGUCCCAACAAAAGGUAUAUUCAAGAACACAACUGCUAUAAGGGUUGGUGGAAAUCCAGGACUUUGUGGGGGUUCCCUGGAGCUACACCUACUCACUUGUUCUAGCACUCCUUUGAAUUCAGUUAAGCAUAAGCAAUUUAUUUUUCUGAAAGUAGCUCUCCCAAUAGCUAUCAUGACUUCACUUGUCAUCGCCAUCUCUAUUAUGUGGUUCUGGAAUAGAAAACAAAACAGACAGUCUAUUUCUUCACCUUCAUUUGGCAGGAAAUUUCCCAAAGUUUCUUACAGUGAUCUUGUGAGAGCAACAGAGGGAUUCUCUGCAUCCAAUUUAAUUGGCAGAGGAAGAUAUGGUUCUGUAUAUCAGGGGAAACUAUUUCCAGAGAGGAAUUUGGUUGCCGUGAAAGUCUUCAAUCUUGAAACAAGGGGUGCAGGCAAGAGUUUUAUCGCAGAAUGUAAUGCCCUGAAAAAUGUGCGACAUCGUAAUCUAAUCACUAUCCUUACUGCAUGCUCCAGUAUUGAUUCAUCUGGAAAUGAUUUUAAAGCCCUAGUGUAUGAAUUUAUGCCACGAGGGGACUUACAUAACUUACUAUACUCAACUCGAGAUGGCAAUGGAUCUUCAAAUUUGUCCUAUGUUUCCCUUGCUCAAAGAUUAAACAUCGCGGUGGACGUAUCAGAUGCAUUGGCAUACCUACACCAUAACCAUCAAGGAAGCAUUGUUCACAGUGAUCUAAAACCUAGCAACAUUCUUCUCGAUGAUAAUAUGACAGCUCAUGUUGGAGACUUUGGACUAGCAGCAUUCAAAUCUGAUUCCGCAGCAUCAUCUUUUGGUGACUCAAGUUUGACUUCUUCCUUUGCAAUAAAGGGAACCAUAGGAUAUGUUGCUCCAGAAUGUGCUGGGGGUGGUCGAGUUUCAACCGCCUCGGACAUCUACAGCUUUGGAAUUGUUCUCCUCGAAAUAUUCAUUCGAAGGAAGCCGACAGAUGACAUGUUCAAGGAUGGACUGAGCAUCUCAAAGUAUACAGAGAUCAAUUUCCCUGAUAAGAUGUUGCAGAUUGUUGACCCACAGCUGCUCCGAGAACUAGACAUCUGCCAAGAAACCUCAAUUAAUGUUGAGAAAAAUGAAGUGUGUUGCCUGCUUUCUGUGCUAAAUAUUGGACUUCAUUGCACCAAGUUGGUCCCGGGCGAGCGCAUGAGCAUGCAGGAGGUGGCCUCCAAGCUGCAUGGAAUUAGGGAUGAAUAUCUGAGAGGAUACUGAAGAAGCAGAUAAUAGUUUCAGUUUUUUCCUGAAUAACUUGCGAACGAACGAUCAUUUGUCUGUGUGAGUCACAACUAGAACCAACGAACACAUGUCACGAUUUUGUGCCAUGAAAAGUGUUGUUUAUGAUGCAUGGAGUAGAAAAUCUCAAAUUAUGCAUAGAUCCGGCGCCAUCUUCUCAAAUGGCACUAAUGCAUCUAGUACAUAAUUUACAAUGUGUCGAAGUUUAUGUAAUGACAACAGUUCUCCAUGACAGUGAGUGUUGUGUUGACAGCAAUUCUUUUUUCACCGGGACGGCGAAGAUGCCGACCGAUGUACCA